UCCAUUUCCCCACAGCCCUACAAUGUGGCCAGUGCUGUAUGUGCUCACCAUUUCCUCCGCUUUCGGCCAGAGCGUGAGCCGAUUUGAAAGAGCAUCUGUAAAAGCCUUAUACACAAAAUACGUGGUUUUUCCAAAGUGUUGCACUAAUUACGAAGGCCACUCCCCUUCUUCAUGUGGGCAAGAAAUCAACAGCACGGGAUCGAAAAAUGGCACAUUCACGAGUCCCAACUAUCCCGAACCUUAUCCUUCGAAUGUCUACUGCGUUUAUAAAUUUAUUGGAAAAGGAAGAGAACGAGUGCAAAUCAGUUUUACAGACUUCGACCUUCACUUACCUCAUGAACCACCGAAAUAUUGUGAAGCAGUAGAUGCUGUGAUGAUAUUUAUUACUAUUAAAAACCGUCGAGAAAGGCUUGACAACUUUUGCGGAAAUAAGCUUCCUGCUCAACUAAUGUCGAAUGGACCGACUAUGGAAGUCGAGUUUAGAUCUUACCACUCGUCACCUGAAGUGAAAGGUUUUAGAGCUAUAUAUCGUUUUGUUACUGAUUUUGGGAUAUCAGCACCAAGACAGGAUUCUACAUCAUCAGAUUGCCGUUUCAUAUUCCGGAGUGAAGACAGGGGAAAUGGUACUUUUAGUUCCCCAAACUAUCCAGGAUUUUAUCCAAGAGAUACUGAAUGCCACUACACCUUUCGAGGAAAAGAUAAAGAACGAGUUCAUAUCACGUUUGCUUACUUCGAUGUUGACGGUAUUCCACCGUGUCUGACAGAAACUGCUAGCGAUUACGUUGAGUUUUCAAACUAUAAGACAGUGGAUCGCAAGUUGGCUCGACACUGCGGAAACCAGAAGCCCAAACUUAUUGAGUCGGACGCAGAUUUCUUCCGAGUUAUCUUCAAGUCGAACGACAAGUUUGAUGCGACUGGUUUCGAAGCGUUUUAUCAGUUUCGAAAACAAGUCGAUCCAUUUACAGUAAAAAGAGUUUCAACUAUACCCAAAGAUAGCAAAUCAGGUGCACACAUUAGCAGAGAAAGUUUAGUGUCCAUUUUCGUUCUUUCUGCAAUACUAUUGCUUUCUUAAGAGCUAUGGAUCCGUUUUUUAGAAAACGAAGAUAAACAUUUUACUACAUUCUUGAAGAGAAUACGAAAGUAAAGCAUUAUUGAUGGCUCAAUUUUGGAAAACAUGAACUAAAACAGUUAAAUGGGAGAGUACUUUUCCGUCUCUUCGAAGAGGAUAGCUUUCUGAGAUACUUUGGACGUUUUCAACGGGAGACAAUUUUGAGACUAUUGCUUUUUCGGCCAGAAAUCAGUUUUUAUAACUCCUUUUGAAGAUAUUCGAGGACCAAACUCUUUAGUGGCGAUUGCGAAGUUUAACCACUUUUACCAUCUCUUACUUAAUGUCAUCUUCUAUUUUCCUCUUGUAGUUGCUUAUAUGUUUAAUCCAUAGCAUGAUUAUGUACUCGUCACUCCAAAUAUCAUUUCUUAUGGAAAGGAGCUUUCAGUACGGGAAGAAAAUUGAAAGAUUUAGAUGUGAAGAAGUUAAAAGUUUAUAGAAUGGACAAGUUUACUGAUCAUCAGCUUUUCAGAAAUCAUAUUGAGACAUCGAGAAAAUUGAAUAAUUUUAGCAUGUACUGAAACUUUAUUGCUAAAAUUAUUUUUAAUAAUCUGUUUUUAAAUGUGAGACGUUAUCGUGUUGACAUCUUGUUAAGUAUUAUAUUCAACGUUGUAUUUGUUGAAAAUUUAUCACCUGUAACUCCUUUUUAUGAUUUUUUUCACCUAAAAAUUUUAACAAAAAUGUACAGAUUAUUUUAUUACUUAAUUUAAAAAGUCAAAUGCGAGAUUUCGGCAUGAAUAACCUUCAGAAAUAUUUACACAUAAGUGUUAUGACCCAAACUCAUUUUAGCUUCUGGACAGCUAGCAUACUUUGCAAACAAAUUACGUCUAAAACCAAACGAGCCUACUUUUUCGCAUACCAUCAUCGAUUUUAAUGACAAGUUAUUAAAAAAAAUUUAAACUUUGGAAUGAAAAUGAGGAGUUUUAUGCCAAAUAAAAAUGAUUGCGGUUCUUUCGUUCUGGCACAAAAUGAGGUACUUUGAACAUUCCAUUUGACAAAAAAAAAAAAAAAAAAAGGAAAUUAUACUAAAUUAAAUAAAAAUAUAAGAAUUACCUGAACAAUUAUUUCAUUUGCACUUUGAAUUUACUUAGCUUUGAUUCAGUCAAUCGAUCUUUAACUGUCAGUCAAUAUUAAGUCUACGAGAAGUAGUAUAUCGAUCUUUAUUGAAUUUGUAAUAACAAAAUAUUUUUUUUUUUAAAUGUGCACAAUUUUCUCAAUUGUUUGGUGCCAAAACAAAUGAAACAUUUUAGGAUUGUUUAAAAAAAUCUAUAAUGUGUCCAAACAAGGAAAAAAAACUUUUCUUUUUUGCACAUAUUCUUCAUCAAGAGCUUUUCCGAAAAAGCUUAUUUAAUGCAUAUCGGCCUCUUGGUCAGGGAUUUAUAUUUGCCUUAAAUUACGAGGAGACGUUAGCGUUAAAACUUCUGGGAGUGGCCAAAAUGAAAUGGAGAAAUGUUCAAGUAAAAAAAAUCAAGUGUGGGAAUGAAAUGUUAUCAGUGAGAUGUUUCGAAUGAAAAGAAAAGUUGGUCGGAAUAAUAAGACUGUUACUUCAAGAUUUAUGGCAAGGAUGGGCAUGCGACAGAUCGAUUGACCAUUUCUCCCAUCUCAAAAUAAUUUUUUUUUAACUUUUUAUUGCUCAUCAUUUAUUUAUUUAUUUUUAUAUUCAUUUUUUUUUUAAUUUUGUUUUUAGCGAUAUUUUUUACAAUGAGUCAACCCUUUUUUUUUACUUUUGCGGAAACGUAGGCUAAAAAAGAAAAACAGUUUCAGGAACACAUUUCUACAAUUUUACAUUCAGACGAAUUUUAAAUUAAAACACAACUGAAAAAGCCGUAAAAUAUCCUUCAAGAACUACAGUGAAAUUUCGUUACAACAAAUUUCAAGGAGCCUAAAAUUAUAUUCGUUGUAGCUGGAAUUUUGUUGCAAUGGAAUUUAAGGAAUGUACUGGAAAUUAAAUCGGGACUGAAAAUUUAUUUCGUUGAAACGGAUAUUUCAUUGUACUGGUAUUUGUUGUAAGGGUAUUUCAGAGUUUUACAUUUUUGCUGAAGUUUUACAAAAAACAAAUCUUUACAUUUUCGUGAUUGUUUUCUUUAAACAUAAUUUUUAAGUAUUCAUUCAAACUUCUAUGUUUAGUUUGACAUUUUUCCAAUGUUAUAUCUGUGAUCACAAAAAAGCAAGUAUUUUACUUCAAAUUACAAAGUCAUAUGCAAAUAAAAUAGAAUAAAAAAUAAUCAUGUACAUAAAAAAAGCUUGUUAUAAAUGCUUUUGGACAAGUAAAAUGAUAUUUGCAUUUAUCUUAGAAGCACUAGUCACAGAAUUUCAUUAGAAUAUUUAAAUCGUGUUUGUUGAUUCUUGUUUUCAUUGACUGUACAGAAAGUUUAAUUUUUCCAGAAAAAAAUCUUCUGAGCGUUGAAAACAUAAAAAGUUUAAUGAAUACAAUUCAAAUUGAAGAAUGAUUUGAACUUAUUAUUCCAUUAGAAAAAAAAUUAAGAAAAGUCUUCUACUGAUCAGUGGAGGUUUGCUUUUGUGUUGAUUAACUGAAUUUUAAUAAAUUAUGUACUAAUCUCUCAGCCUUUAAAAUAAGUAACUAAUUACUGAAAAGUGUAUUGCAGUAGCUGAAAACACAUAUUUAACUGUUUCUUUGAAUGAAUUGUAAACAUUUUCAAUGAUUAGUGUGUUUAAAACAUUAAAUCGUAACUUUAUGUAUUCCUGCAAAAGUUUUAACACUCGUUUUGUAUUACA